CAUCAACAUCAAAAACACGUCACUAAUUAUUGAACAAAAAUUAAUUUUUUUAAUACUCGUUGUAUUUUAGUAAAUUCGUAGACAAAAAUGAGUGCGAUAUUCAAUUUCCAAAGCUUACUCUCGUUGCUCCUUCUGGCGAUAUGCACCUGUGCGUAUCUACGAUCUCUGUUUCCUUCAUUUAUUGAUAGAAACAAAACCGGAAUGGUUGGUAUAUUUUGGAAGCUGGCCCGGAUUGGUGAACGCAAGUCUCCGUGGGUGGCUCUGGCGUGUGUUAUGAUGGCAGCAUCGAUACUAUUCUAUACAUAACCGAAGCAAACAAGCACCUCGUAAGUUUUCCAUAAUACCCAAUAAACUAUACAUUCAGUUUAAAAA